AUGGGUGAUGACAUUGAACAAGAAAUCAAGGCAGCCCAAGCCAAGCGUAGGGAAAUCACAGACAAAGAUAUCAGUGCUGCGGUACUGGAGAAUGAGAGCCAUGCGAGCAUGACAGGGCUUUCCUAUGACACGGAUAUUUACACCAAAGACAAAUUCGAGGGCUAUGCAACGUCGAUUCCAGUGGGUGAUGAGGAUGACGAGGAUAUGGACGAACGCUACCGAGAAACGAAUCGCAAACUGAAUUCGAUUACAGCAUCCAAAGAGUUUCUCAAUGAGGCCGUGCAAGGUGCUGACAGCCACGAUCCGUUUGCCGAGACAGCACGAGAGAAACGUAUUGCAGGACGACAAGAUGAAUAUCACCAACGUCGAUUCAAUCGCAUGUUAUCACCUGAACGAGCCGAUGCAUUCGCCAAAGAAGACAACAAGGAGUCUCGUAGUUACGCUGAAGUGAUUCGUGAAGCCGAACUGGAAAAGGAACAGCAACGUGUAUUCCAAGCCAUUGCACAAAAGAAACGGGAUGAAGCACAAGCAGGCUCUUCUUCGGAUAAGAUGGCUGCUGAUGUGCAAGCGACACCUGUUGCUGAAGGACCAAGAAAGAAACGACGAUGGGAUGUGGCUACGCCUAUGCACACCAAUGUGGAAGCGACACCCAAAGGACCAGCAAAACGAUCACGAUGGGAUGCUACGCCUGUAUCUACGGAGCGAUCUGAAUGGGAUGCAACACCAAGAGCAUCGGCUGGCACAAAACGCUCUCGAUGGGAUGCCACACCUGUGAGCACUGAUAUGCCUCAAGCCACGCCUGUCGGUGGUCUUGGCAUGAUGACGCCUACACCUACAGUGCCUUCAACACCUGAGGCCAUGAAUGCCAUGCGAUGGGAGCGUGAAUUGGAUGUUCGUAAUCGUCCUUUAUCAGAUGAAGAAUUGGAUGCCAUGUUUCCACAAACCGGUUACAAGAUCUUGGAACCCCCUGCUGGCUAUGAACCUAUCCGCACACCUGCACGCAAGUUGAUGGCUACACCUACACCUAUGGGAGAGAGUGGAUUUGUCAUGCAAGAGGAAGCGCGUGGUGUUGUCAUGGAUGCUACAGCACCCCAAGAGAUUCCUGGUGUAGGCGCAUUGCCGUUUUUCAAGGAUGAAGAUAUGCAACAUUUCGGCAAAUUGCUUGAGGAGAGGAAUGAAGAGGAAAUGUCAGUGGAUGAACUCAAGGAACGAAAGAUUAUGCGAUUGCUCUUGCGUAUCAAGAAUGGCACACCACCUAUGCGUAAGACAGCUCUCAGACAAAUCACCGACAAGGCACGUGAUUUCGGUCCUGGUCCUUUGUUCAACCAAAUCUUGCCAUUGCUCAUGUCACCCACCCUUGAGGAUCAAGAACGUCAUUUGCUCGUGAAGGUCAUUGAUCGUAUCUUGUACAAGUUGGAUGAUUUGGUGCGUCCCUUUGUCCACAAGAUCCUCGUUGUCAUUGAACCCUUGCUUAUUGAUGAGGACUACUAUGCUCGUGUUGAAGGUCGUGAAAUCAUCAGCAAUGUAUCCAAGGCAGCUGGUCUUCCUACCAUGAUUACCACCAUGCGUCCUGAUAUUGAUCAUCCUGAUGAAUAUGUUCGUAACACUACGGCGCGUGCAUUCUCUGUGGUGGCAUCGGCAUUGGGUAUUCCAGCAUUGUUACCUUUCCUUAAGGCUGUAUGUCGAUCCAAAAAGUCAUGGCAGGCACGACACACGGGUAUCAAGAUUGUGCAACAGAUUGCUAUCCUUAUGGGCUGUGCCGUAUUGCCCCAUCUCAAGAAUCUGGUCGAAGCCAUUGCCCAUGGUUUGGAAGAUGAACAACAAAAGGUGCGCACCAUUACAGCUUUGGCUAUUGCUGCAUUGGCUGAAGCAGCUGCUCCUUAUGGUAUUGAAUCCUUUGAUUCGGUGCUCAAGCCAUUGUGGACGGGUAUUCGUAAGCAUCGUGGCAAGGGUUUGGCAGCUUUCCUCAAGGCCAUUGGCUACAUUAUCCCCUUGAUGGAUGAUGAGUAUGCCAACUAUUACACCAAAGAAGUCAUGGUGAUCUUGAUCCGUGAAUUCCAGUCACCCGAUGAGGAAAUGAAAAAGAUCGUGCUCAAGGUCGUCAAGCAGUGUGCUGCCACAGAUGGUGUACAGCCUGCCUAUAUCAAGGAAGAGAUCUUACCCGAGUUUUUCAAGCACUUUUGGGUGCGUCGUAUGGCAUUGGAUCGCCGCAACUACAAGCAAUUGGUGGAAACGACCGUUGAAUUGGCCAACAAGGUGGGCGUAUCCGAAAUUGUCAGCCGUAUCGUGAACGAUCUCAAGGAUGAGAGCGAGCCCUAUCGCAAGAUGGUUAUGGAAACGAUUGAAAACAUUGUCUCGAAUUUGGGUGCUGCUGAUAUUGAUCCUCGUUUGGAAGAAUUGUUGAUUGAUGGUAUCUUGUACGCAUUCCAAGAACAAACAGCCGAGGAUGUGGUCAUGCUCAAUGGUUUUGGUACCGUGGUGAAUGCGCUCGGUAUGCGUAUCAAGCCGUACCUGCAGCAAAUUUGUUACACCAUUCUUUGGCGUCUCAACAACAAGUCAGCACGUGUGCGUCAACAAGCCGCCGAUUUGAUUUCACGUAUUGCCGUGGUCAUGAAGACAUGUGGUGAAGAAAAGCUCAUGAACCAACUUGGUCAAAUCUUGUACGAAUACUUGGGUGAAGAGUAUCCUGAGGUGUUGGGUUCUAUUUUGGGUGCUCUCAAGAGUAUUGUCAAUGUGAUUGGUAUGGCCAGCAUGACGCCACCCAUCAAGGAUCUAUUGCCACGUUUGACUCCUAUUCUUCGCAAUCGUCAUGAAAAGGUGCAAGAGAACUGUAUUGAUUUGGUGGGUCGUAUCGCUGAUCGUGGUGCUGAAUAUGUCUCUGCUCGAGAAUGGAUGCGUGUUUGUUUCGAGUUGCUCGAUUUGCUCAAGGCUCACAAGAAGGGUAUUCGUCGUGCAUCAGUGAAUACAUUCGGUUACAUCGCCAAAGCCAUUGGUCCACAGGAUGUGUUGGCUACUUUGCUCAACAAUCUCAAGGUGCAAGAACGUCAAAAUCGUGUGUGUACAACUGUUGCUAUUGCCAUUGUCGCCGAAACGUGUGCUCCCUUCACCGUAUUGCCAGCAUUGAUGAACGAAUACCGUGUCCCUGAGCUCAAUGUCCAAAACGGUGUUCUCAAGUCCAUGUCCUUUAUCUUUGAAUAUGUGGGUGAGAUGGGCAAGGAUUAUAUCAUGGCUGUUACUCCCUUGUUGGAAGAUGCUCUUAUGGAUCGUGAUUUGGUGCACAGACAAACGGCAUGUACAACUAUCAAGCACAUGGCACUGGGUGUCGUUGGUUUGGGAUGUGAAGAGCCAUUACGCCACUUGCUCAAUUACAUUUGGCCCAACAUUUUCGAGACGAGUCCACACGUUAUCAAUGCUGUUAUGGAGGCCAUUGAAGGUAUUCGGGUUGCCUUAGGACCUGCCACUAUUUUGCAAUACACCAUGCAAGGUCUAUUCCAUCCAGCUCGCAAGGUGCGUGAGGUUUAUUGGAAGAUCUACAAUAGUCUCUACAUUGGCAAUCAAGAUUCUUUGGUGCCCUAUUAUCCACGCAUCGACGACGAUGAUCAUAACCGAUAUCAACGCUAUGAACUGGACUAUGUCUUGUAA